AUGACUAAGCCUGCAUGGUUAACAGCUGAAUUCAUAGAGCGCAUUCUCAGAGAUGCCGAUAAAGAUUAUUCGAUUUCUGUGACAAAUAUUGAGGUGAAAUUAGCGACAAGCAAAGGUGAUAAUUACUGCAGUGAAAUGUAUCGAGUUUACUUUGAUCUGACGCGCGAUGAUGUCGGAAAAAGAGUUUCUAAAAAUGGCACGAUUUUAGUAAAAGUUGCCUCAACUGAUCAACAGAUACACAAAGAAUUAAUCGAGGAUAUUAAUAUAGUCGAUAAUGAAAUAAAGAUGAUGACUUGCACUUUGAAGGACAUGGAAUCAGUACUAAAAGACACUAAAUUAAGUGGAAGAUGUUACUAUACUCAACGCAGCAAUCCUCCAGUUUUAGUUCUCGAAGAUUUGGCUCCUUUAGGAUUCCGUAUGGCUGACCGUCAAAAUGGUCUUGAUCUCUGUCAUUCCGUUUUGGCAAUACGGAGACUAGCUAAAUUUCAUGCGAGUUCUGUAUUUGUUAUUGAAAAGAAACCAAAAGUCAAGAAACUUUACUCCAAAGGAUUGUUCGAUACUCGCUGUCCUCCGGAACUGAGUAAACUAUUCGUGAAUGGAGUAAAAGCAAUGACGAAAGUAGCUGAGUCCUGGUCAGAAGUGAGUGAACAAUGUGUAGAAAAGCUAAAAAGCUUACAAAAUUCAGCUUAUUCUAAAGCUUGCGAAAUAGGAAUGCUCAGAGAAGACGAGUUCAAUGUCAUCAACCACGGAGACUUUUGGGUAAACAAUAUGAUGUUCAAGUACGAUGAUAAAGGAAACGUUAUAGAUCACAUCUUUGUUGAUUUCCAAAUUUGCGUUUACGGAACCCCUGCAUUAGACUUACAAUAUUACUUAAACACGAGUCCGCGUGAAGAGGUGCUUAUAUAUAAUAAAAAUUUGCUAAUUGAAGAGUAUCAAAAAACAUUGUCGUUGACAAUGAAAAAAAUUGGCUGCAAAACUUGCGCCCCUAGUUUGGAAUAUGUUAAAAAGAUGUUAUUGGAAAGAGAGUUCCUCGGUUUUGUGGUUGCUUCUGUAAGUCUACCGAUCAUGAUUGUUGACAGAGAUCACGCACAAGGGCUUGAUGAAUUGGCGAGUGAUGGAGAGUUCAGCCCCAAAGCCUACAGCAAUGAAGCUUAUAAGAUCAAAAUGGUUAGGAGACUUAAAGAGUGGAAUGAUCUUGGAAUUUUUGAUUGA